AUGAGUGAAUGUUUGAAACAACAAAAACCAGAUCAAGAAUGCAUGGAAUAUGCAAUUAUUUCACAUAACAUUGAUUUUGUAACAUUCUUAGUGAAUGAGCAUAUCAUGAGUAUCGACUUGCCUGCUUGCAAAAAAUAUAAUAAUCUUGAUUCAUUUUUAGUUUUUUACGAUCAAACUAAUCUUUUAGUCAGCUGCUUGGUUUUUUCACCGAUGUUCAAUAUUCCAUCCCUUUGUGAAUAUUUCCUUUCAUUAGGUGUAGAUAUCAAUAAGAAACUUUCAGAUGGAGAUGAAAAAGAUAAAUAUGGAAAAACUGCUCUUCAUAUUGCAGCAGAAUAUAAUCGUAAAGAAAUUGCAGAACUUCUUAUUUCACAUGAUGCAAAUAUCAAUGAAAAAGAUAAAGAUGGAGAAACUGCUCUUCAUAUUGCAGCAGAAUAUAAUCGUAAAGAAAUAGCAGAACUUCUUAUUUCACAUGAUGCAAAUAUCAAUGAAAAAGAUAAAGAUGGAGAAACUGCUCUUCAUAUUGCAGCAGAAUAUAAUCGUAAAGAAAUAGCAGAACUUCUUAUUUCAUAUGGUGCAAAUAUCAAUGAAAAAGAUAAAUUUGGAGAAAUCGCUCUUCAUUUUGCAGCACGUGAGAAUAGUAAAGAAACAGCUGAAUUUCUUAUUUCACAUGGUGCAAAUAUCAAUGAAAAAGAUAAAUUUGGAGAAAUCGCUCUUCAUUUUGCAGCACGUGAGAAUAGUAAAGAAACAGCUGAAUUUCUUAUUUCACAUGGUGCAAAUAUCAAUGAAAAAGAUAAAUUUGGAGAAAUCGCUCUUCAUUUUGCAGCACGUGGGAAUAGUAAAGAAACAGCUGAAUUUCUUAUUUCACAUGGUGCAAAUAUCAAUGAAAAAGAUAAAUUUGGAGAAAUCGCUCUUCAUUUUGCAGCACGUGAGAAUAGUAAAGAAACAGCUGAAUUUCUUAUUUCACAUGGUGCAAAUAUCAAUGAAAAAGAUAAAUUUGGAGAAAUCGCUCUUCAUUUUGCAGCACGUGGGAAUAGUAAAGAAACAGCUGAAGUUCUUAUUUCACAUGGUGCAAAUAUCAAUGAAAAAGAUAUAUAUGGAGAAACCGCUCUUCAUAUAGCAACCUUAAAUCAUAGUGAAAAAACCGCCGAACUUCUUAUUUCACAUGGUGCAACAAACUAA